UAUUGAUCCUGCCGCUUGAAUAUGGCGGCAAUUAGACUUGGGAGAACUCGAAUAAAACUCUUGGUCAGGCAGGGGAGGAGGAUGGCUUAACUCCCUGCGCCUCACUUGGCUUCCUCAGUAUCCAGUUUGAAGCAGUCGACUACUUAAAGGGAAUUUCUCGCCAGUUUCUCUCUCAGUUUCUCUCUCAGUUACCUUCUUUACUAAGCACUGAGAUAUCACAUUCCCUUUUUUGCUUCUUGGCUUGCCAUCAGUGACCAUGGGGUCCUUGGCGAUCCAGCUUGCUGUCUACAUCGCGGGCGCGCUUCUGUCAUGCGUUAUCAUAAACGUCGUCCUCCAACUAUUUCCUCAGAGAAAAAACGAGCCUCCACUUGUGUUCCACUGGCUGCCGUUUGUUGGAAAUGCGGUGUCGUACGGCAUGGAUCCCUAUAAUUUCUUUGUCCGCUGUCAAGAGAAGCAUGGCGAUAUAUUUACCUUCGUGCUGCUCGGACGGAAGAUCACUUGCUAUCUCAGCGUUGAAGGAAACGAUUUCAUUCUGAACGGGAAGGUCCACGACCUGAACGCGGAGGAGAUAUACAGCCCCCUUACGACACCGGUAUUCGGUACUGGCGUCGUGUACGACUGCGCAAACUCGAAGCUCAUGGAGCAGAAAAAGUUCGUCAAGUUUGGCCUGUCGCAGAAGGCCUUCGAAUCCCAUGUCCAGCUUAUCGAGGGGGAGGUCCUCGACUACAUCAAUUCAGCUCCAGCUUUCAGGGGCCGGUCCGGAACGGUCGAUAUAGCGAGCACCAUGGCCGAGAUAACCAUCUUCACUGCCGGCCGUGCGUUGCAGGGGGAGGAGGUCCGUCGAAAGCUCACCGCCGAAUUCGCCUCCCUGUACCACGACCUCGACAGCGGCUUCACACCGAUCAACUUCCUCCUGCCAUGGGCACCCUUACCGCAUAACCGCAAGCGAGACGCCGCCCACAAGAGGAUGCGGGCCAUCUAUAUGGACAUCAUACGAGAGCGGCGGAAGAGCGACACGGAAAAAGAGGGCUCCGACAUGAUCUGGAAUCUGAUGCGCUGCACCUACAAGGACGGCCGACCCAUACCGGACAAGGAGAUCGCUCACAUGAUGAUCACCCUCCUGAUGGCGGGGCAACACACAUCCUCCUCGGCCAGCACGUGGAUCAUGCUCCACCUGGCGUCGGAGCCCAACAUCACCGAGGAGCUGUACCAGGAACAAAUUGAGAAGCUCGGCCGGAAUGGCCACCUCCCGCGGCUCCAGUACUCGGACCUAGACAAGCUCCCGCUUCUCCAGAACGUCGUCAAGGAGACGCUGCGCGUCCACUCGGCAAUCCACUCCCUCCUGCGCAAAGUCAAGAAUCCGCUCCCCAUCCCUGGGACACCCUACAUCGUGGGGACCGACAAGGUGCUCCUCGCCUCGCCGCUAGUAACCGCGCUGAGCGAGGAGCACUUCCCGCAGGCCAAGACCUGGGACCCGCACCGCUGGGAGCGCCGGGCCGCCGAGGUCGACGGCGAUGGUGACGUCGUCGACUACGGGUACGGGGCCGUCUCCAAGGGCACCAAGAGCCCGUACCUGCCGUUCGGGGCCGGCAGGCACCGCUGCAUCGGGGAGAAGUUCGCCUACGCAAACCUGGGCGCUAUCGUCGCGACACUGGUGCGCUCGUUCAGGGUCUACACGUUGGAUGGGAAGCCUGGGGUGCCGCCGACCGACUACACGUCGCUCUUCUCGCGGCCUGUGCAGCCGUCGAUGGUCCGCUGGGACCGUCGUGUCUCUAAAUAGGUGUUUAUCUGGGUUGGAGGUCGGGCGGGAAUCCUUAUUAAGGAAGGAUGUUGCAACACUACAAUAUAGAAAUAAAUGGGGGAGGAAUGCUCAGGUCUUGCCUUGGAAAGAUGGUUGAAGAAACGAGUUCCUUUCCUCCAGUAGUAACACUGGACCGCUGUCCAGCUUGGACAAAAAAUGCAGGGCCCAGGGGCAUGCACCUACAACAAAACACGGUUGCAUCACAACCGCAAAUUCUCGCGGGACCAUGAAGAAAGCAAGCCAUGUCACCUUUCCAAUAGAUAAUAUACACUAUGAACAGUAAUGUAUUUUAAAUCUUGGAGUACUUGGAAGCUCCCAGAGUUGGCAUGUCUGCCAUUUGGGUGGCCCGAGCGCAAUAUAGUGUACAGGACAGCCAUUUUUUGGCCCAUCACCUGCCAC